AGUAUCUUCUCUUACUGAUCGCGUCGUUUGUAAUUAUCUUAGGUAUAGGCAGAGAAGAAAUAAUAAUUUUAGUGAAUACAUUUAUACAUUUGAUUUGUAACAACACAGUACAAAAAAAACAGAAGUUUAAAACGCAGAUACACCCGCAGUUUGUCAGCGUAGUAACUAAGCCUGUUUCCUGACCGAGAGAAUCCGGCCUUUUAUUCUUUAGUUAUGAGUCAUGUGGCUGUCGAAAAUGUCCUCAGCCUAGACCAGCAGUUUGCUGGCCUAGACUUGGAUUCUGCUGACUCUCAAAGUGGUUUAUCAACUAAAGGACGUUACAUUCCCCCUCAUUUAAGAAACAAAGAAGCUUCAAGAAAUGAUUCCAAUUGGGACUCUAGCAGUCCUGGUAAUGGCUACGUGAAUGGGACUCAAGAUGACAGAGUGAAUGGAUAUGAUCGUGGCUUCGGCACUAGAGGAACUGGUCGCAAUGAUAGAGCUUCCUAUGACAGAGAGAACUCUGGUUGGAAUUCAGGCAGGGACAAAGAUGCAUACAGCAGCUUUGGUUCUCGUAAUGACCGUGGGAAAUCAGGUUUAUUUAAUGAUAGAGGAAGUACAUCCAGAAGAUCUGAUGACCGUCGUGCGGAUGGUUUUGAUAGUACUGGCAGUCGUGGGGGGGACAGAGGUGGCUUUGGUAGAUUUAAUGGUAACAGCCGUUGGUCAGAUGAGAAAAAUGAUGAAGAUGACUGGUCUAAACCUCUUGCCCCAAAUGAUCGUGUAGAACAAGAGCUCUUUUCUGGAGGUAAUACAGCCAUUAACUUUGAAAAAUAUGAUGACAUUCCUGUUGAAGCAACAGGCAAUAACUGUCCUCCACAUAUUGAAUGUUUCCAAGAUGUUACUAUGGGGGAGAUCAUUAUGGGGAACAUUCAGCUAACUCGUUACACUCGACCUACUCCAGUUCAAAAACAUGCAAUUCCUAUCAUCAUUGAUAAGAGAGAUCUGAUGGCAAGUGCUCAGACAGGUUCUGGGAAGACAGCAGCAUUUCUUUUGCCAAUUUUAAGUCAAAUCUAUGCCGAAGGUCCUGGUGAGGCACUUAAGCACUUAAAGGAUAAUGGAAGGUAUGGUAGACGCAAGCAAUUUCCAUUUUCUCUUGUUUUGGCUCCAACCAGAGAACUGGCCGUACAGAUUUAUGAAGAGGCUAGAAAGUUUGCUUACAGGUCAAGAGUUAGGCCGUGUGUUGUAUAUGGUGGAGCUGAUAUUGGUCAGCAGAUUCGUGAUUUAGAACGUGGCUGUCAUUUACUUGUUGCUACUCCUGGUCGUCUUGUUGACAUGAUGGAGAGGGGAAAGAUUGGCUUGGAUUUCUGCAAGUAUUUAGUACUUGAUGAAGCAGACAGAAUUUUUGACAUGGGUUUCGAACCUCAGAUUCGGCGAAUUGUUGAACAAGACACCAUGCCACCUAAGGGUGUGCGUCAGACAAUGAUGUUUAGUGCAACAUUCCCCAAAGAAAUUCAGAUUCUUGCUCGAGAUUUCUUAGAAGAAUACAUCUUCUUGGCUGUAGGCAGAGUUGGUUCAACAUCUGAAAAUAUUACUCAAAAAGUAGCUUGGGUUGAAGAGAUGGACAAACGAUCAUUUUUGCUCGACCUCCUUAACGCAACUGGAAAAGAUUCCUUAACACUGGUAUUUGUGGAGACAAAGAAAGGUGCAGAUGCCCUUGAAGACUUCCUGUAUCAUGAAGGCUAUGCAUGCACAAGUAUCCAUGGCGACCGAUCUCAAAGAGACAGGGAAGAAGCACUUCACCAGUUUCGUUCAGGAAAAAGCCCAAUCUUAGUUGCCACUGCUGUUGCAGCAAGAGGACUUGAUAUUUCAAACGUGAAGCAUGUCAUAAACUUUGACUUGCCAAGUGAUAUUGAAGAAUAUGUCCAUCGUAUUGGCCGUACUGGUCGUGUCGGUAACCUUGGUCUUGCAACAUAAUUUUUUAAUGAAAAGAACAUAAAUAUAACAAAGGACUUACUAGAUCUUCUUGUGGAAGCUAAACAAGAGGUACCAUCUUGGCUAGAGAACAUGGCUUAUGAACAACACCACAAAACUAGCACUCGUGGAGGACGUUCAAAGAGCCGGUUUAGUGGUGGGUUUGGUGCCAGAGACUAUCGUCAGAGUAGUGGCACUAGUAGCAGUUUUGGCGGCAGCAGCAGCCGUGGAAGCAGAAGCACUGGCAGCAGAGGAUUUGGUGGAGGUGGAUAUGGUGGCUUUUACAACAGUGAUGGCUAUGGUGGAAACUAUGGUGGAAGUUCCCAAGUUGAUUGGUUGGGCAACUAAACCUGUCGGCAACAGAUGACUCAGCCAAACAAGCUAAUAUGGAAACCACAUGUAACUUAGCCAGACUAUACCUUGUGUAGCUUCAAGAACUUGUACAUUACCAGCUGUGAUUCUCCACUGAAUUUUAUUUUCAAGGGAGCUCUGGGCCACAAAAAACUAAUAGGAUCAAGCCCUACUCUGGAGGUGUUGAAGAUUUCAGUGCUGUAGUUUUGGAUUUACUCCCAAAUCCACCCCCUUCCCAACAACUGCAUUUAUUUUGACUGAGAAUAAUUUGCUUGUUAAUGUACUGUGCCUUUAACUUUAGACAACCUUUUUUUUUAUUUUGAUGUCCUGUUGGCUCAGUAUUGCUCAAGAUAUAAAUUGUUAUGACAAAAUAAAUUUAUUGAACUUGGGCGAAAUCAAACCUUGGCACACAGGUGUGAUACAACUUAAAACAGGAAUCGUUUCAUCCAUGCAUUAAUAUUACAAUGGAAAAACUUGUGCAGUAAGCCUGCAUUAGGGCUUCUGUUUUGUCAUUUUGUGGCAAACAAAAAUAUCCAUAAUGCAUUUCAGAAGGCAUAGUUUCUAAUGUGGCAAACUGUACAAAGUUCUGAUUUGCUCACUCUAUCCUGGAAAAGGUACUUAGAACCUGAAGUCUCUUUAAGCCAUUCCAGUCACAAAAGCUGUAUGAACUGAAUCAUACAUGUUAAGCACUGUUUUUCAAAGAAUGCAAUUAAAUAAGCAAUUCCUUUUUAACAAUGUUUAGGCAGAUCAGUAACUUGUGAGCUAGCUAAUUAUGGGCCAAACAUUACAGGAACUGUUUAAAGAUCUGAAACUUGAAAUAGUUUUUAGAAAUCAUUAAAUUUUUACAAGCCUGUAAUUUGAAAUAUGGCAGAAUGGCUGACCACAGCAGUAUUGGGUUCUGUGACAGGCCUGGCUGAUUAUGGUCUAAACGCAUGCUAGUGUUAAUGUUUUUUGGUCAAGAGGGUAUGAACAGAAAGAAUUAUGCAGCAGGCUUUAUUUUAAUGCAGAUUCACCUUACUCUGUUCAAGCUGCGUUGAGGGUUCAAACAUACUUGGCUUACAGUAGACUUUGUAACAUGGCUCCAGAAGAGUAAAUUGAAAUCUUAAAAUUAAAGGUGGAAAAUGUACAUUAACUGCAAAAGGUGUCAAAUCUGCUGAGUGUGUGCAGUUUAGUCAGUUUUAGUUGCAUAGGUUUCCAUUGUAUUUAGUAUGUCUAUGCUAAAUCUGGCCAAAGACUAAUUUCCCACCUCUAAAAUUGCCUCUGCCACAUUUGCUCACGCUCUGUGGUUAAAUUAGUGGCAUAGGAGUGGCAGUUCUAUAUAUAUAUUUUCUUUUUUAAUAAAGUGCAAUAGAUUUUUCAAGUGUA